UCGGUGCGUGUAUUUUGACAGGAAGAUAAACUUCUUUACCACGUCGAGCAAAAUAUUCCCCAUUAUUUCGAAUUUUCCGUGGAAAUUACACUUAUUCUGUUACGUUAUCUAAGUGAUUAAUAAAAUGCUGUACAGCAGCAAGUAUUUCGUCGUAUUUGCAAUUUUAUUUGCGGCUGUUUCGGCCAGAAUAGACCCAAAGAAUUUGCAGUGUUUAGUGUGCCGGACGACCUUCGAAGAGCUUAAUGAUGCGAUAAAGAAGAUCGAUAAAUGGAAAAAAGUUGAUGUUGGCAACUUCAGAAUGGAUGCGGCUGGCAAUACACUGCAGGACAAAGUUCCCGCCCACCGCUCUGCAGUGUACAUAUCUGAGAUGAUUGAUGGAAUCUGCAAGAAGAUGGACGACUACGUCCGAGUAUACUACAAGUCGACCGGCAAGCUGGCCAUCAUGCAGCUGGUCAUGCCCAGCGGCUCCAUGAAUCCAGAGUUCAGCAAGACUACGUUCGUGACAGAUGACGAUUUGAACAAGAGCUUGGAGUAUUAUUGUGAGCGAAUGUUCGAAGCGAACGAGGACGAAAUCACAGAUCUUUACAAAAAUCGGCCCGAGGAUGACGUCAUGCCUGACGCUGAGAAGGAGAUCUGCUUCAAACAAGCCGGCUACUGCGAGGACUGGAUGCUGCCGACUGAGGAAGACACCACCUGGACUGAGGAGAUGGAGCGCGAGUAUGUCAAGGUGCACGGCCCAGACCCGUACGGCUUCAGUUCGUUCGGCGCCGGCGCCGGCGGGCCCGGCGGGCUGGGCGGCGGCGGCGGGCUGGACGCCGGCGACGACGCCGACUUCGACGACGCCGCCGGGGACGAGUUGGACGACAACGAGCUUAGAGACGAGCUGUAGUGUGGUGGGGAUGCCAGAGUUCGACAAUAUUGCAAAUAAAUUCACGCCUUCGUAAACUUCGUUGAAGUUGUGGACCACAAUUUAAACCUUUACAAGGCAUCGGAAUAGUUCCCACCAUAUUUUGAACCUUAUUCGUUUGUGUUAUGGUCCAAAAACAAUAAAAAAUUGAUUAUGUAAUGGGUAGAGACUGUACAAAUACAAAUCUUUUAUUCUGUGCUUAGGCCUUUUCCAGGGCGCUUAUACACGUCCCAAAUAGCUUGCCCUAGCUUGCUUCGUAAACCUUUUGUCUCAGCCUAACCGUGGCACUCAAGUUAAGAAAGCUUAUAAUAAAAGUAUCUGGCUCGAAGGACCAGUGUGCCGGAUAGUUACGAAAUUAUGAAUAACAAUUCAUGUAAAUAUCUAGAGAAUCCAGGGAACAUGAAAUUCGGUUACUAUAACGUCAUGAAAAAGGCAAUACAUAAUUUAAAAACUAUUUUCGAUGGCUCCUACGUAUACUGGCGUAAAUGAAAAAAAAAGAUUUUACAGGA